AUGAAGAACGGCACUUCAUCUUCUGACUUUAUUCUGUUGGGACUUCUGGUGAACAACCAGGUUACAGGCAUUGUCUUCACUGUUAUUCUUGCUAUUUUCAUAGUGGCUGUAACUGCAAAUUUGGUCAUGAUCCUUUUAAUUCAGGUGGACUCCCGCCUCCACACGCCCAUGUACUUUCUGCUCAGCCAGUUGUCCAUCAUGGACACCCUCUUUAUUUGUACCACUGUCCCGAAGCUCCUUGUUGAUUUGAUGUCCCAAGAGAAGACCAUUUCCUUUGUGGCCUGCGGCAUCCAGAUUUUUCUCUACUUGACGAUGAUUGGCUCAGAGUUCUUCCUUCUGGGCCUCAUGGCCUACGACCGCUAUGUGGCUGUCUGUAACCCUCUUAGGUAUCCAGUCCUGAUGAACCGCAAGGUAUGUCUCCUUCUGGCUGCUGGUGCUUGGUUUGGUGGGUCCCUUGAUGGAUUUUUGCUCACCCCCAUUACUAUGAAUGUCCCCUAUUGUGGCUCCCGUAGCAUCAACCAUUUCUUCUGUGAGAUCCCUGCAGUUCUCAGACUGGCCUGUGCAGACACAUCCUUGUAUGAAACACUGAUGUAUAUCUGCUGUGUACUCAUGCUCCUUAUCCCUAUCUCUAUAAUCUCCACUUCCUAUUCUCUCAUUUUGUUAACUGUGCACCGAAUGCGCUCUACAGAAGGCCGGAAAAAAGCCUUUACCACUUGUUCAUCCCACUUGACUGUUGUCAGCAUUUUCUAUGGGGCGGCCUUCUACACAUAUGUGUUGCCCCAGUCAUUUCACACCCCUGAGAAGGACAAGGUAGUGUCAGCCUUCUAUACUAUCGUCACACCCAUGCUCAAUCCUCUGAUCUACAGUCUACGAAACAAAGAUGUAAUGGGAGCAUUUAAAAAGAUAUUUGCUCGAUGCUGUUCUGCUCAGAAAGUAGCCACAAAUGAUGCAUAG